GUGUACGUACGCCGUGGCCAAUCAUGACUUUGUUGAAGCCUACAAGUUCCAGACGCUUGUCGUUCAGUCCUUCCUGAGGGCCUUCCAGUCCCACAAAGAGGAGAACUGGGCUCUGCCCGUCAUGUUCGCCGUCACUCUGGACCUCCGGAUCUUCGCCAACAAC